ACACCAGCAGAAUCCGGUAACAUUUCCGAACUUCAUGAAUUCCACCACCUCGCCACCACCGUCCCUUACCACCAUGAACGGCGCUUCCAACAGCCAUACUACUUCAUCCUGGGUUGACGAGUUCCUUGACUUCUCUUCCCACCGUCGCUCUAUAAGCGACUCCAUCGCCUUUCUCGACCAGCCAUUGGCAGAAGGAUGCACCACGCGACAGCCUCCGUCGGACAACUCCAACGGCAUACUUACGUCAGAACCCAAAAUCGGCUUCAACCGCCUCGACGACGACCAUUUAAUGUCCAUGUUCUCCGAUGACAUCUCCCCCUCUCUGCCCCCUGCAGUUUCCUUAUCUUCCGACCAAAACAGCAAAAAUGACGAGAAGACGGCGAUCACCGACCACCGAGACGCGAGAGGUCCAGAGCUCAUGCAAGCCCGAACCACAACAAGCGACGUUACCGCACGCGUCGCCAGCCUCCAAUCCUGAUUCCAUCAUCGAUCCCAAAAGGUUAAAAAGGUAAAACAUCUCAUGAUUCCAUGAACAACCCACGUAAUAUUUUUACAACUCUGCUUAGUUUAAAUUCUACAACACUUUUUUAAAUUUAUAAUACAAAAAAAUUAGAAUU